ACAAUUAUUUUGAGCAAUUACCAACAACAUCUAGGGCCUUUAAAGGAGGUUUUUCUUUUAGAUGGAGCAAGUAUACAAAUAUCAAUCUUUUUAAUAUGAAAUAUUUCCCGUUAUUCAUAAAAUGUCCACCGGUGAUAAUGUACGUCCCAGAGCGCAUGAGCAAAAUUUAAUUAUGAUCGCGGGACUUGAAUAGCUGGAGAAAUAGCAGGUGAACUGGACAACUGCUGUGCGCCCCCUGAUGCGGUCUGUACGCACACUGUCUACGAACAUGUAGUCAUAUAAACUAGCAUCUGCUAUUCGCUUGGGUAUCACUUCAUGUAUGUGUGUACUGCUUCCUAUCCAACCAUUCUCCUAGAUCAUUCCCUUCUGAGCUAGCUCUGAGGUAUAUUAAUAACCAUCAUGAUGUAUGUUAAGCACGCUUUAAUGCACCGGGAAAAUUAAACAUCACAUUUUUUGCAAAAGUCCAUCAUUGAUGUAUGUGUUUUGUUUGCGUGUGGCUGCUGCUUCUGCUGUGUGAACUACAUCAGUUUGUGGGGGAAAAAGUACGUCUGGGUCACCGAGAGGCUGUGAGUCGUUGCCUUAAGGUCUUUGGGGUAUUCGCUGCAUCGCACGGGGAGUAAUGUCCAAUUAGCAAACCUGUAAACAUUAAUCAUGGCUGCAAACAUUUCGGAUAUGAAUGAAGACGCAGAGUCAACCAACGUCCCUCUUAAAGAAGACGGGGAGUACAGAACUAAGACGCCUGAGAAGAAACCCAUCCUCCUAGUAGUGAUUUGUGUUCUUCUGGCGGUAGCUCUCAUUUUCUUCAUAUGCACUAUCGCACUUGCGGUCGAGAGAAAUAAAACAGAUGAAGCAGAAACGUGUUUAUCAGAGCAAUGCAUCAAGUCAGCGGCUAUGUACUUGAACAGUGUCGAUAACGAUGUAAACCCAUGUGAUAAUUUCUACAAUUACGCCUGCGGUGGUUGGAUGCGUAAGAGAUUGGUACCAGAGGAUCGUAAGCACUACACACAGCUCACUCUCCUUGGUGACGACUUGAAAAUUAAGCUCAAAGAAAUCUUAGAGCGAGAGCCCCAUGACAGCGAGCCGGGGACAUACGAACAAAUAAGGCAUUUCUACAGUUCAUGUAUGGACGAGGAAACCAUAAACAAAGAACGGGAACAGCCAUUAAUACAGAUGCUGGACUCCGUCGGCGGAUGGCCCGUGCUGGGGGACAGACCAGGCGGUAACUGGAACCCGAGUACAUUCACAUUUGAAAGUCUUUGGGUCACCCUGGCCAAGAAGUUUGACAUGCUGGCCAUCAUUUCAGUCUGGGUUGGAGUUGAUGAGAAGGAGUCUAGCGAACAUGUACUAAAGAUUAACCAACCCAAUUUUAUUGUACCGGAGUAUGAGAUGCGGAGGGAGCAUCGUGACCCCGUCGUGUCCUUGUUGGAAGACGAUCCGUUUCCUGAGGAUUUUGGUCAAAAAAUACUUUUGGGAGAAGGUAAAGAGUACUCUAAAGCGAGAUCUGCAUAUCUACAGUACAUGGUGGAUAUCUUGUUAGUCCUCGGCGUGAAUGAUUCUGUCGCGAACGAAGAAAUGACCAAAGUUAUGGAAUUCGAAACGGAACUAGAAAAGCAUAAAAUUUCCGCAAUGGAAAUGCGAGAUCUGAACUUAUCGUACAAUCCCACAACACUGGAAGGACUCGGACAACUCUACCCAAGCAUUGACUGGGCGGAGAUGAUUUUGAACAUAAUACCUCCCAGCAUUUUUCCGCCCGUCACGAUGAGUGAACGAAUCAUUGUUAAGGCACCAAAUUACCUCAGGAAUAUUACGGAUAUACUUAAACAAGUCAGCGACGACAAAGUAGUAGCCAAUUAUAUGAUCUGGCAACAGGUGAGUAAAGUCGUUACGGAUCUCGGGCAGCCUUUCAUUGACAUCAGACACAAGUUCGUGAGUGCUGUCCGGGGGAUUUCGGCCGUCACAGCCCGCUGGAAGCGCUGUGUCGCGGAAGCUAAUGGUGUGCUCCCGUUGGUCACCGGUCGUAUGUUUGUCGACAAGUUCUUCCAUGGGAAUGCCAAGGAAAAGACGUUAGAAAUGGUUGCUUCCUUAAUGACAGCCUUCAAGUCUAUGCUGAAUGACAAUGACUGGUUACAGGAGGCCGACAAAGUGGAAGCAAUCGCAAAGGCGAAUAAUAUAAAAAUCGAGAUCGGCUUUCCCGAUUGGACGAAGGACAACGCACAGUUGGACAAGAAAUACGACGGUCUGAUGUUUCAGAAUAAUUCUUACUUCAACAACAGCUUGAAAUUCUACUCAUGGACAGGGCAGGACGACCUGUCCUGGCUCAGGAAACCCGUGCAAAGAGUAUGGGAGGGAGGUGCAGCUAAUGCCAAUGCAUUCUUCAGUCCAUCGCGCAACAGCAUCGAGUUUCCAGCUGGUAUCCUACAGCCGCCAUUCUACCAUCAAGAUCUUCCAUGGUAUGCAAAUUAUGGUGGGAUCGGUGUAGUCAUUGGUCACGAAAUAACGCACGGGUUCGACAACAAUGGUAGAAAGCAAGACAAGGACGGCAACGUGCGACAAUGGUGGAGUCAAAAGUCCAUCGAUAGUUUUGAGGAGAGGGCCCAGUGUAUAGCCGAACAGUACUCGGCCUUCCAAAUGCCCCAAAACGGCAGACACCUUAAUGGAAACAUGACGCUAGGCGAAAACAUUGCCGACAACGGUGGCCUGAAGGAGGCAUUCAAGGCAUUCAAGAAUAAUGUCGACAAAGAAAUGAAGCUUCCUGGUCUGGACUUAACGGAGGAUCAAAUGUUCUUCAUGACGUUUGGACACGUCUUUUGCAGUCUUUAUAACGCUAAGGGUGUAGAUUCAGCCAUCAACUAUGGACAACAUAGUCCUGGGCGAUACAGAGUUAUAGGUUCCCUGCAAAACAAUGAAGAGUUUAUAGCCGCAUACAACUGCCCACCUAACAGCUACAUGAAUCCAACCAAGAAAUGCAGUGUGUGGUAACUCCAGAAGGUCCUUCAAA